UGUACAUGAGAGAGGGGAAGAAAAAGUUCAGUGAACUUUCAUCUGUCACGGCAACAAAAGUAGCACGUUUCCUCCACGGAGAGAAAAGAUUUGCUGUAACUUACCGCGAGGAAGGAUAAACCAAUGGACUCAACAAAUACCAAAGAGGCCCCGAAAUUAACUCCAGAUCCAGGGGGACAGGAACCAGAUCACUCCUCGCUAGAGAAAGUGUUUGGUCAACUGCUCAGUGAACCAGGGCGAUUUGCCUAUGCUGGACUGUGUGGGGUGUCACUUGGCCAGCUGUUUUUUGGACCUGAACAAAAAAGUUUCCGUGAGAAAUAUCUGGAGGGUCUGGUGCAAUGGCUGAAUCUUGAUGAGUCGGUCAUGCCGGUUAUGCAGGCCUUCCUGGCAGGGCUCGGGUUCGAGGGCACUGACACCUUCUUGUCCAUACUACAUGCAGAGCCACUGCUUAGAGGAGGAGCCUUACCCAUCACUCAGGAUCUGGUGUCAUUCUCUGUCAAAGAUGGACAUUAUGAUGCCAGAGCUCGAGUUCUGAUCAGGCAUGUGAGCUGUCUACUGCGAGUGAGCCAACAGCAGCUGGAGGAGUUUGAAGAGACACUUGGAGAGAAAUUGAGAGAGGGAGAAGAGGAGAGCGCAGAAGAAUCAUCAAUAAGGCGAAAAAAAGAGCGAGGUCGCAAACUGCGCCGCUACCUGCUGAUCGGACUAGCCACUGUAGGUGGAGGAACAGUUAUCGGUGUGACAGGGGGGUUGGCAGCACCCCUGGUGGCUGCUGGGGCGGGUGCAGUUCUGGGAGCAGGUGGUGCUGCUGCGUUGGGAUCGGCCACGGGCAUUGCCAUCAUGGCUUCUCUGUUUGGAGCCGCAGGGGCUGGGUUAACAGGCUAUAAAAUGAAUAAGCGUGUUGGUGCUAUCGAGGAAUUUGAGUUUCUUCCAUUGAGUCCUGGAAAGCAUCUUCACCUGACUAUAACUGUGACAGGCUGGCUCUGCAGCGGAAAAUACAGUUCGUUCCAGGCCCCCUGGUCCAGUCUUGGAGCGUGCGGUGAGCAGUACUGUCUGAAAUGGGAGUCCCGUUACCUGUUGGACCUGGGCUCUAUUCUGGACUCAUUAUGGGAUGGGCUUGUUAGUGUAGUGGCCCAGGAGGCCCUCAAAUACACUGUGCUCUCAGGUAUAGUAACCGCUCUGACAUGGCCGGCCUCUCUGCUGGCUGUAGCCAGUGUGAUCGACAACCCCUGGGGAGUGUGCCUGAGUCGUUCUGCAGAGGUGGGGAAACACCUUGCCCAGGUUCUGCGGAGCAGGCAGCAGGGAAAGCGCCCGGUCAGUCUAAUUGGCUUUAGUCUCGGAGCACGUGUCAUCUACUUCUGCCUAGAGGAGCUUGCUAAUGAUCAAGGUAGUGAAGGUGUGGUGGAAGACGUGGUGCUGCUCGGAGCCCCCGUGGACGGAUCUGAGAAAACUUGGCAGCGGCUGUCCAGGGUCGUGGCUGGGAAGAUUGUUAAUGGAUAUUGCAGAGGAGAUUGGCUUCUUGGAUUCCUGUAUAGAAGUUCAUCCGUCCAGUUGUCCGUUGCAGGGCUACAGCCAAUCAAUUCGCAAGACCGCAAAAUAAUCAACGUGGAUCUUUCAUCAGUGGUAAAAGGACACCUGGAUUACAUGCGUCAGAUGGACACAAUCCUUGUGGCAGUGGGGGUUCCAACCAGGGAAGAGGCUGGAGCCAUGAGUGGCAAACUGCACAUAGCUAAUUUAUCUCAGGAAGAACCUGGCAUAACAGAGUCUGUGACAGAUGAUCAAAGUGGAGCCAAAGAGGAACCACCAAUUGACAUUUCAACAAAAGAUCCCUCAGACACAACAAAGACAAAUGUGUAUGAAUGCAUAAAGACUCAAGACAAAGGGGGGUACGAGAGGAAGGACUCUGAGAAUGGCUGGGAUAUCCCGGAUAUAUCUGAUUUACUGGACUCUAUCAAUGACUGUGAUGACGUCACGGACACAUGUCAGCCGGACGAUCGUUUUUCAUGUGCCCUAGGAAGCAAGGAUCGGAGAGACGGAGAAGGUGAGAGUGACACGGACUUUGAGCAAACGUCAUGGGACUGGAAUGACACACACUGGACUACUGAACACACAAACGCGAGCUACAAAUCACACACUGACGCACGGGACCAAUUAGCCAAUGGCAAACCUGCGUGUUCUGAGCCAAGAACAAUGACAUCAUGGCAUUCCCAUAAUUCCUAACUCAUAGAACCUGACAAACAAUAUGAAGGGGAAUCUCACGAGACCUGUCAAGAACAUGUCUGGGUCAUAUUUUACCCCAAAAUCAAAAAGAUUUUCUAUUUUGCUUAAAGAAAAUCAAGCAUGUUUUAGUACUAUGAAAAUUUUUAUUUUCAUGACAAUUAAGCAUAUUGUCAUUUCUCAUUAUACAUCGUCUCAUAUUCUCCCAAAUUCUCAUUAUCGUAAUGCAAACAAAAUC